GCUUAGCCAAACGGACCCUCAGCAAUUAGUCAAUUGCACUGCUCUGUUACAAUUCAAUCGAUCACCCAUGGAGGCUCUGCUGUGCCGGAGAAACGGCGACCCCACGGUGCCCCCGAACUCAUCGGAAGCUUCGGCUCUGGCCUUCUCGACGGCUCAGCCAAUCCCCGAACUGAACUCUCCCACUGCCGUCAGAGUUCGAAUCAGGGCCACCAGCUUGAACUUCGCCAAUUACCUUCAAAUUCUGGGCAAGUACCAAGAAAAGCCGCCCUUUCCCUUCAUCCCUGGCUCCGACUAUUCUGGCGUCGUCGAAUCUGUCGGACCCGGAGUUUCCAAGUUCAAAAUUGGCGACCCAGUUUGCUCUUUCGCCUCCACCGGCUCUUUCGCCCAAUUCAUCGUCGCCGAUGAAAAUGCACUGUUUCGAUUACCUGAUGGAUGUGACCUAGUUGCUGCUGCUGCACUUCCUGUUGCUUAUGGAACAUCACAUGUGGCCUUGGUUCAGAGAGCUCAAUUGAGCUCUGGUCAGGUUUUACUGGUUCUUGGGGCAGCUGGAGGUGUUGGGGUCUCAGCUGUACAAAUUGGAAAGAUUUGUGGUGCCAUUGUUAUAGCCGUUGCCAGGGGAGAAGAAAAGGUGCGGCUUUUGAAGUCUCUAGGGGUUGAUCAUGUUGUUGACUUGAGCAAAGGAAAUGUCAUUGAAAGUGUCAAGGGUUUCCUCAAAACAAGAAAACUCAAAGGGGUUGAUGUAUUAUAUGACCCAGUUGGGGGAAAGCUUACAAAGGAAUCCCUGAAGCUAUUGAAUUGGGGAGCACAAAUUCUGGUCAUAGGUUUUGCUAGUGGAGAGAUCCCUGUCAUCCCUGCUAAUAUUGCUCUUGUUAAGAACUGGACGAUUCAUGGACUCUACUGGGGAAGCUAUCAAAUACACCGACCUGGUGCACUGGGAGAUUCUAUGGAGAAACUAAUGUUCUGGUUGACAAGUGGUGUAAUCAAGAUCCACAUCUCUCACACUUACAGCCUCCCAGAGGCCAACCUUGCAUUUGCAGCAAUGAAGGACAGGAAAGUGAUUGGGAAGGUGAUGAUUGCUUUUGGAGAUGAGAAAAAGGUCGUAUCAGGUCCGAUCAGAACCGAACCGGUUUAUCGACCGACGACGACGAUGAAGAUCAUCCAUGUCCCGUGCUUGCAAGACAACUACUCGUACAUAAUCAUAGACGAGGCCACCAAAGAGGGAGCAGCCGUGGAUCCUGUUGAGCCUGAAAAGGUUGUCCGGGUCGCCGGAGAGAAUGGCGUCGAGCUGAAGCUUGUCCUCACCACGCACCACCACUGGGAUCACGCCGGCGGAAAUGAGAAGAUCAAGGAUUUGGUGCCGGGGAUUAGGGUUUAUGGCGGUUCAGUCGAUAAUGUAAAGGGUUGUACUGAUAAAUUAGAAAAUGGGGAUAAGUUGUCACUUGGGAGGGAUAUCCAUAUAUUGGCUCUUCACACACCUUGCCACACCAAAGGUCAUAUAAGUUACUAUGUGACUGGGAAAGAUGAAGAGGACCCUGCUGUUUUCACCGGUGACACAUUGUUCAUUGCUGGUUGUGGCAAAUUUUUCGAAGGCACAGCCGAACAAAUGUACCAAUCCCUAUGUGUGACAUUGGGCUCAUUGCCAAAGCCAACUCGAGUUUACUGUGGCCACGAGUAUACAGUGAAGAAUCUACAGUUUGCUCUCACUGUUGAACCAGACAAUGCAAGGACAGUGCAGAAGUUUUCGUGGGCUCAGCAAAAGAGACAGGCACAACUUCCCACUGUGCCCUCAACCAUUGAAGAAGAACUGGAAACUAAUCCAUUCAUGCGGGUUGAUCUACCAGAGAUUCAGGAUAAGGUUGGAAGCAAAUCCCCUGUGGAAGCUCUCAAGGAGAUAAGACAGCGAAAGGACAACUGGAGAGGUUGACUGAAGAUACGAGUGCAAUGCUGUCAUGUUUCCGAUCUGUAAGUUUCUGGUAUGUAAUGCUUGCAAUAAGGAAAUAUGAUACAACUAUGCUUUCUCUUAUGCCGGCUGUGUAAGCACUGUCCUAAUGUUGAAUGCGACUAGAGAAUGUUUGGCUAUGGCCAACUGAUGAUGUACUUGUAUAUUGUGAAAUGGCAGAAACUCUUUUCAUUUCUUGGAA